ACUCGCCCUCCUCCUUCCACUCAGCUCGUUUCCUUCAACGUGACGCACAGCCAUGAGGACUUUUACGCACGUUAUUUUCAUUUUACCGUGCGCCUUUCUCUCCUCAGUUGCAGAAGAGCGCGUGUGCUCGUCUCCACCGGAGUUUCCUGGUGCCAGUUUGAUGCGCUACACUCAGGACACGGCCUUGUUCAAGUGCCUAGAGGGACACGAGGCUUACGGAGGCAGCCCGGUGAUCCGGUGCUCGGGGGGACGAUGGAGCACCCUCACCCUGCAGUGCAGAAAGAAGUCCUGUGGCAGCGCUGGAGAGCUGAUGAACGGGCACUUCAAGUACGAAGGAGAAGCGGUGUUUGGUGACAAAGCAUAUCCUGUCUGUGAAGAUGGAUACACUAUUAAAGGACCAAAAGUGAUUACAUGUGGGGCUAAAGGCUGGCCCGCUGACCUGCCCCAGUGUGAAGAGGGCGCAGUCCCACCCCCAGUCACCUGUCCUCCUCCUAAAGUGUCAAAUUCUGAGAAGAAGGGCGUUGCUCAUGAGUACAACAUUGGUGCUGUGCUGAAAGUGAGGUGUAGCCCGGGUUUCCAGGUGAAGGGAGAGGAGCGGAUCACAUGCGGGUCUGAUGGAAAGUGGCAGCCUGCUCCGCCUCAGUGUGUCACCGCACCCGCAGCAACCCGUCAGUGUGGUGUGCCAGAAAACACAGCCGGCACCAAUUCUAAACUGGCCCCCAAGUUUAGCUCCCAGAAGUCCUUUGGUGCUGGGACCAGAGUGUACUACGUGUGUGAUGUGGGCUACGUCCCCAGUCGAGGCAGCAAGUAUCGGUGGUGCACUAAAGGGCAGUGGUCACCUCUGGAGCUACAGUGCAGAAGACGGCUGUGUGGCUCUGCGGGGGAGCUCCUCUAUGGACACUAUGAAUACACAGGGGUGGAGUUUGGAGACCAUGCUACAGCUGUGUGUGACGAGGGGUAUCAGCUGUUUGGACAUGCCACCAGAAACUGCCUGAGCAGAGGCUGGGAUGGACAUCCUCCAGUCUGUGAAGCUUUGGAAUGUGACGACCCCCCUGAAGUGGCCAAUGCUGAGACAUCUGGAUAUGCCCAAGCUCCCUAUAAGUACAGGACUGUAGUGAGGUACCGCUGCCUGGUGGGGACGCUCAUGGGACCCUCUGACAUUUGGUGCACGAUGAACGGGACAUGGAGCUCUCCUCUUCCUCAGUGCAAAGAUAUCACUUGUAUGCCUCCAAACAUCCCCAAUGCAUCGUGGGUAAGAAGUCGGACCGGCCGAUAUCAGUACAGGGACAAUAUCUAUAUCCAGUGUGACCCCAGGUUCACUUUAGUCGGCCCCAGCACCAUCACCUGUGACGAGAGAGGACAGUGGGCUCCAGAGCUGCCCAAAUGUAAAGGUCUGAACCGAAGAGGCUAACUGUACACAAAGGAAGGAGGCUUGCUCACACUCAUAUAAACGUCAUUGCACUGCAGACAUAAAAAUGUGUUAAAAGUUCAGAUUAAGUACAGUAUGUUUAUUUCAUAAGUGUCUUGAGUAGUAACAAGUACAAACCUGUUGCAUUUAUCUUUUGUACACAGUAAAGAUUUUUUUUUACAGUUGAUAAUGUUAAGUGGAUCUUUUCUAGACUACAUGGUGAGUGAGCAUUUUAUGAACAAACAAGCUACAAGAAAAUAAAAACACCAAUUCCAUUCAUUUUUUAAAAAGACAAAUACAAAAUCCAGAAUUUUUACAGGAGCAAUAACAAUUCAAGUGCAAAUAUCAUCAUCGACUCUGAUACAUCAUAGCAAACUCUCUGAAAAAGGCAACAUAACGUCAGGUUGCAGGAGGGGGCCAGGGAGGGCAUCUGACAUAAAUGUAGAGCUUUCUAAAUCUUCAUUACGUGGCUCAAUCUCCCACAAAGUUUGUAUAUAAAACUCGCUUUCUUAUGAGAUCUGUGUUGACGUACAGUUUAACACCCCACAUCAUUUUUAGGACGAACACAAACAAUACGACUAAAUGGGAAUUUGAUACUCUCAUGAUGCCUUCAAUGAAAUGGAACAGACUUUAAAUACUUUACUUUUACCCUGUUUUGGUCCCGUUUUAAAUCACAAAAAUUAUAUUACAAGAAACAAACAAUUUGAUUUUUAAUUUUGGAGGGCCUUAAUAUUAUGAGGGGCGGGGGGAGGGGCAUAGGUGGUGGAUAAUUACAGGAUUUCAGAUGACAUUACAGCUGUUUUUUUGCUUCUUAUUUAAACAGAGAUGAGGCAGGAUAAUGACAUUUGUAAGUUUCAUAUUCGAUAUUCAGCCAUAUUAACUGAUACAAAAGUUCAGACUCAUUUAAUGUACUAAAAGGAGGAAGGUAGUAAUCAGUUUUGAAGCACUUUCACUGUUACUUGAAUGUUUUUUUUACACUGAAGUUGGGUAAACUCUUGUGUAUUUUGUUUACUACAUAUGAUUUUCCCCCCAUAUUUUUGUGAUUUAUAAUUAGCAGGAUCUGUGCAUUAAUUCAACUUUUACACAACAAAAUCCUAAAUGAGAUGUUGCGUUCAAGCAGGGUUUUUUAAAGUUGUAAAGUAAAAAAAAUAAAAUUAAAAAUACACAAGAUUUUAGAAAUAAUAAUAAUAAUAAUAAUAAUAAUAAUAAUAAUAAUAAUAAUAAUAAUAAAGAAUACUUGGGUGUUUCUAAGUAAUAUUUUAACUUCAACUUGAGAAAUAUUAUUUUAAGUAACUGUACUCUUACUUGAAUACAGUUUUGGCUACUUUACUUUACUUUCUAAUGACAAUACUAUUACUAUACAAUCUGGUAUUGUCAUAACAAAUAAUCCAAAGCCUCAUAUUAUAUCUACAGUUAAACAGGAGCAAUGUUGUGAUGUCAUCCGAAACCAACCAACCAAUAGAAAUUGAUAAAACCGUCAGAUUGACUUUUCUGCUUUUGAAAUGGCCAAACUAGCUGUAUAUUCCACUGCUGUAUCACUGUGGCCAGGGAAGCGAGUUUUAUCAUUGCAUUUGCGUUAGAAAAGGUAGUGUAGAGUGACAGCUUCUAAAUCUAGUGCACUACACGUAAGCUACCACCUGGGGGCAGUCUUUGGAAGAGCUGGUUUCAUUGGGACAGAAUAUUUUGAGUGUGGUCAACAGAGGGCGCACUCUUUGGACAAGGAAGGGGUCAAAGGAGAUUUAAAAGGGGUAUUACGGGAUAAAGGAAAUUACCCUCAUCUAUUUUUCUUAUUUACACAAUUGAAAACACACAAACGGUUAGUACACAGAUGAGAAAUGUGGCCUAUUGUUUACGCACAUGAGACAAUAUGGGACUGGAGCAUAAAGUGACCGUUAUAAGAAGCAGCAAACAUAAUGUCCCUCGGAGACAUUUCCAUCUAGACAUCACAUUACAUUGUUUGUGUGGCUCUCAAAAAUACAACUCUCUCCCAAUGUCCUUAGUUUAAUCUGUAAUGAUAAAAUAGCCUCAUAUCUGCCUUUCACUAACAAGGCAAGCAAAGUCUGAUACAUACAAUACUGUGCAAAAGUUAAAAUCAUAUACUUUUGUUAAUAAUAGGCAAGUGGAUAAAUCAAAUUCUGUUUUCUUCAAUUUAAGACAAGGGUCAAAUACAUAUACAUAAUAUAUACGAAUAUUUAUGUACAUAUAAUCGUUCAUUUUCUGUCUUUGCAACAUUGUGAAACUCAGGGAUUACCUCUGCAUUAGAAACACAGAAAUGUUGAACCUGACCAUUUGUAUUACAGACGAGGGGCACUAACUCACUAUAUCACAACAAAAACUGCACAUGAACAAUAGUAAAAUGACUUGCCCCUAAAUAUUACAGGACAAUAGAGUGUUGUUAUGUCAUCUGAAACUCCGAGAUAGAAAGAAAAUAGAAAACUGUAUUUACCCAUGAAUUCAAAGAUCUUAGAAGUUUCAUUUAAGGUCUGGGCACAGUUUCACUGUUGCAGAAAAAAAAGACUUUCCUUGGUAGGGUCUGAGUGAUACAAGUUUAGAUUAAAAAAAUAAAAAUACAUUUGUAUUUUCUGUUAAUCCUUUGAAAGCCUUGUUGCUAUGCUUAACCCUGUGACACUUUUGCACAGUAUUGUGAUGCUCUGGACAGAGGGAUAUGAUCCACUGUUUGACAGCAUUACUGUUGGACGCUGCUCUAAGAGCUCUCGUGUAGUAAGGCUUUUAUCUGGAGCAUAUCUGCUACAUGGACUUAACUGCUCCAAUAGAGAAAAGCACAUUUAGACACAGAUGUCGUCAGGGUUACAGCACAUAAACGACACGUAACAGUCAUACUUAAAGGAGCACUAUGGAACUUUUCUGGUGGAGGGCCUGCAUGGAGGUGUUAUUACUGUGACUGCAAUGUUCCACAAUAUGGUAUUAAACUUAUCAAGCAUGCACUUUUCAACUACAUGCGUUUUUAUUGCUGAAAAAUAUAUUUAAAAACAAAAGAUGCGCUGUUACUGUGAGCUGGGUCACCUCUCCAUAGAUCCUAUCUGUAACUUGCUUAUAAGAUAAGUAUAACCCCAUACUGUGGAACUUUCCAGGCAAAGCAACAUCUCCAUAGAGACAAACGGACUGCCCCACUGGAAAUGUUACACAGUGCACGUUUAAGGGUAGGAGCUGGAGACUCAUUUAAGCAAACACAAUAUCAACCUCAAACCACACACACAGUCACUCCUACUGAACAAUAACCACGCUGCAUUUUUGUGGUUUCUUUGCACAAGACAACACCAACCCAACCCAGACAUCCUCUACAUCCACCAAAUGUUUGAGCUCAGGGUGACAGACCUGCCCCGAGAGAAAAAUACAAAACCAA